AUGGCGACCACUUCUCUCGUCCCGGCCAUCACGACUAUAACACGCUCAACAUCCCGCAUCGCGUCCACAAGCAGAGACGAGCGAAGAAAAAAAUCACGCAAAAUACGGCAGACGCGUUGUUGUCUUCCCUCGUCGGGGUCUGAGGCCUUCCCCGCAUCUUCGUCCACCUCUCUCCCUUUCUUUGCCAACUCUGACCUUAUGCGCCCGGCUCGCAAAGCAUGACUUUGCAAGUUCCCCUUCCAUCAACCUCAUUACUGACCUCGCUCGCUUCCAAUCUUGCUCCCUCGCCAUAAAUAACGCUCCCUCCAAGCAAAAUCAACCCACCUCACUCACAAAA